CACAUACUCGAGCAUCACUGCCAAAGAUCUUAUAAGAUCUUUGAUCACUGCAGCAAAACACUACUGGCAUCGCGCGCCGCGGAAGUUUUCGAAUGUACUGCAACCAAAAUAACUACAACUUUGUCGGUAAUGGUGUCAGCUAAUUCUAGGCUUCCUGGUUUCUUCUCAAAUUAAAAUGGUGGAUCAAGAACUAUUCACUACCUACCUCUUCAAACUGCAAGAAACACACUUACAGACUGUGAAUAAAUUGAAAGAAGAGGUUGAACAACUGACAAAAAAAUACCAAAAGAUACGAACAUUUGCAAAUGAGAAUGCUUGUCUUGCAAAGAAAUAUCACUCUAAAUGUAGGCUACUCUUGAAAAAAAUGGAGGCGAUGAAAACAAAGAUGAAAGAACCAGCAAAAGAUAGAGUGUGCAAACGAUGCAAGGUGAUUAUCAAAGAGCAGCCGAAAUCCCACUUGGAUAUUUCAGUUGUGACAUCAAGUCCGCCCUCAUUUGUGCUGUCUUCCACAAAUGGAACUAGUAAUCCAUCUCGUCAAGUCAAGAAGAAUAAAAAUAGGCUUAGCAGAAAGAUUGGCAUCAAGACUGAACCAUCAGCUAAUUUAAUGAUGUCAGGAUCUCCACUUAUGUCAAACUUGAGAAACGAAAACUUAACUGAAAGAAGCAGUACUCUAGUAUUGAAGAAUCUUUGUUCUCAAGAGAAACAAAAAAGUGUUGGUGAGGAAAAACCUAAACUUGUUGUCAGUGACUUUGCUAUUAACCAGCAAAUUAUUUCUGUCCCAGAAACCUUCGAGCCAGACAUGUUUUUAGAUGUUACAUAUGAUGAUGAUAUAUUAAGUUCUUCAGAUGUUAAAACUCCUGACGUCAAAUUAAUAAAUGAAAGAACUAAGAACUGGAUAAGUGAAAUUGAAAUUGAAAAAUCCACUGUUAUAGUUCCAGAUACAUGUGCUUUCGAAGAUGAUGAUAUGACAAUGUUAAAUACUCAGGGCACUUCACUGAAGUCCCCCCAGUUUUGCAGCACACAGAUUGUACCAGAAGUACAUGAUGUUUUGCCUAAAAUAAAUACAGACAAGUUUCUUCAAGUCGAGGAUGAUGACUUGACAGUAAUACACACCCACACCCAGGACACGUUAUUAAAGGCACCACAAUUUUACAGUACACCGACCAUACCAAAAGUUAAGAAUUUAAAGCAGACCAUGAACCGGAACAGUCGAUUAGAAAACCAUGUCAAGAGGCAGCAUGCUCACCGUCGCACUUCACUGCCAAAGUCAGAAUCACAGUAUCCAGUUGAUCUUGUCAACACACAAAUUCCAUCACCAACAUUCCAAAAAGAUGUCUCACCUGCUGUCACCAAUGAAGACACUGAAAAAUGUCGCCAAAAUGUCAGCAAAAAUCUUAUCUUUCUUGCCCCGAAGACCCCUAUGGCUGGUGCGCAGAUAGGAAAUGAAAGUCUCUUGUCUGAUACAUCACCAUUUUUGCUACGAGAAUCCAAAUGUGAUUCCCAGAGAGCAGCAUUUAUGGACAAAUUCAGUAACGAAGGUUCUGACAAUUUGCAAGUGAAAGGAACAUCCGCUAACACUAAGAAAAGGAAACUUGCUGAUGUAGAUAAAUCAAAUGAAGAAAACGUCAGAUCUAUGAGUUCUAAAUCUCUUGAAUGUAAAAGAAACAAACAAGAACAUAUUGUUGACCAUAGUAUUGCAAAAUGGUCUUCUAACCAGCAAGAAGUAGUCAAACCUACAAAAAGCAACUCUGAUUCUCCUACUGGACAUAAACUUGUGCAGAAAACUUUGACAAUGAUGAAAGGAGGCAAAUCUCAUGCCACCUCUCUUAUCAAAGGGUCCAAGGGAGGGAUAAUUUAUAGUAGUGAAAAUGAUGUUUAUUUAAAAAAAGCCAUUAAGGAAUCUCUUCAAGAAUUAAAAGACCAUAGCACAUCAGAUUUUAAGAAACCAUUCAUACCAGCUGAUAAAAGAAAUCAAUGUCAGGAGGACAAUAAUAUUAUAGAAAAUAAUCAAAAUGCUGGUGAUGGUAGCUUCUUGAAUGGCACCAUUGAUCCUGCCAUUGAUCUUAGCAACUUUGAGGAGAACACCCCACAACCACCAUCAAAUUAUCUCAAAAACCCAAAAUCAACAUCAUCUACAGAUCAGAAGCCUGCCUCUGUUGUCAUGACAUCUGGUAUGGUUUGCAUCAUCAAUGAGGUGCCAUGCAUUCAAGAAAACAUUGGUACUAACGACCUGCCAAAAGAGAUUCCUCCACAAAGAUUUGAUGUGAAUACAGAGGAGGAUGAGAAUCUAAGCCAUGAUGACAUGUUUGCAGGUGAUGAUGGACCUGAGGCAGAUGGUACAAAUCAGGACAUUCAGGAACCAGACACUUCUGAUGAAAUUUCUAAUAAGGAUGUGAUGAAGCAACCUGCUGAUUCUUUUCUCAAGGGUUUUGAUGAUUUGCCAUCAGCUGAACUGGAGCCUCAGUAUAAAUAUGUUGAAGUAGUACGUAAACAGGCCGACCGGAGAAAGCUAAGAGGAUUUGAAUGCAAGGACUGCGAAGCAUAUUUCAGUGCAAUGGAUUUAACAGACUCGCAGAAGGCUGAUCGGAUGAAAUCAUGUUCACGUCAUCGAGCAAAGUAUUCUCCACCUCCCACGCAACCUCAUUAUUGGGACGUAGAUUUUCCUGAUACUGAAACAUGCCUCCGUAGAGGAUAUAUGAAUAAUGCCCCACAGAUUGAAGAGCAGAAGGAGUCGCCCAAAAAACUUAGUCGAAUCAGUAGAAGGAAAGGGUACAAGCAACUUUUUAAAAGUAAAAGUAAUGCUACAGCAUCUUUGAAACAGGAAAUAUAAGUGGAAGGCAGACCAUCAUUUUCAUUAUUUUUUUAUUCAGUGUAAAUGCUAUAUAGGCCUACAUCAGAAAUGCUUGUGAAGUUUAAGAUGCAAUAAUAUAAUUAUAAAAUGUAUAAAUGAUAAAUUUACAAAGCUCUUUUUCAAUUUCAAUUAAAAAUAAUAGUAUUUUGGUAUAACUACAAAUAAUUUGAUGAUAAAACCACAAAUUUCAGUUGUAAAGGACUUUAGAGAUUAAGAUUGAUGAGACAGCUCGAAUAGACUCAAAUCAUUCAACACAUUUAAGCUGAUAAACUCUACUUUGAAAUGUGUUAUGUGUGAGAAAAAAUUGAUAAUACUAUUACAUUACAGUAUAUGAAAUUAAAUGUUUGAGGUAAUGUUGAUAGAUGCUGGGUAAUGCUGAUAGAGAUGCUGAUGGUACCCAUUAAUACUGCUGGGUACAGUCUGGAGAUGUACAGCCUGGAGUGCCUUUCUCUUUUUCUUACAGUAAGCAUUGGGGCUAGGCUGUGCAAUGCUUUGAGGGAUCUCAACUCUUCUGCACAGUGAGUCUGUUUACUUUCCCAUCAUACAGUAUGCUGUGGCUUCUGGAGACCCCUAUCUAGGCUUGGUAGAUAAAAGAGGAUAAAAUUUGUCAUCCAUUUGAGUGAUGACUUCUGUAUAAUCUUUUAAUUUCAUGCAUAUUAAAUUAAUCAUAAUUAUUAAAAAUACUAAUAUCAUAUAUUUUAUAAAUUAAUAUUAUUUUUCAUAGUUUUUGUUACCUUGUAUCUAUAUGUAUAACCAUUGUGUUAUUUAAUGUUACUAACUCCAUAGUAUGACUUUGACCAUGACUUAGAGCGGAAAUGUCAACAAUCAUGGCAUGCAUAGUUAAUUAUUAAUAGUAGCAUCACAAGCAUUAUUACACUACUACGCUGUGAAAUACCAACUGAAAGGUGAUUGAUCAAAAAAUGUAGUUAAAGAUGUAUACAUUAUUAUUGUACAGUAUAUGCAAGUAUGUUAUUAGCAAUUGAAAAUUAAUGUUUAAAAAAAAUCACAAGAUU